AUGUCGUCCCCCAUCUCAGCCGUCUACCUGCUGGUCGGUGCCGCUGUCGGGCUGCUUGUCUACUCCAGAGCAAGGCGUUCCAGGCUUCCCUUGCCCCCAGGCCCCAGCACAUCGUGGACAGGCAGGGUAGACAUCCCGAAACAGCGCCAAUGGGAGGUCUACGCGAACGAAUGGAAGAAGCUUUAUGGCGAUCUUAUCUACGUUAACAUAUUUGGGAGCCCCCUCCUCAUACUCAAUUCAGCGGAGGUGAUGGACGAUCUCUUGGAGAAACGAAGCAACAAAUAUUCAUCUCGGCCAGUGCGAACAAUGAUUGUAGAACUCAUGGGCUGGGAUUGGCUGUUCUCAUCCUUUCCAUAUGGCUCUUGGUGGCGACAGCACAGAGCUAUCUUUAACCGUUAUUUUCAUCCCAAGCUAGUCCACAAGUAUCGGCCGGUCCAGCUCCAGGAAACGCACACGCUACUGAGGAACUUGUUAAAUGCCCCAGAUGACUUUAGAUAUGGGAUUAGACGCUGGGGGGCUGCUAUCGUCCUGACCCUCGCCUACGGACACCAGGUCGCCGAGAAAGGGGACGACUACGUCUCCCUGGCUGAUCGAGCGCUCAACGGCCUCCAAAGUGCUGGCAUAUUUGGAACAUAUCUUGUGGACUACGUUCCGGCCCUCAAAUACAUCCCGGCCUGGUUCCCUGGCGCAGGUUUCCAACGACAGGCGAAGGUAUGGAGAAAGGACACCGUUGACAUGGCCGCUAAACCUUAUCUCAUGGUCAAACGGUGGCUACGAGAGGGUGGCGCGAGCACGGCUGCACAAUCUUUCGUGGCUUCGGAGCUCGAGUUGCCUGAUAUCGAUCCGACGAAGGCAGAAAUGAUUAAGAAUGUUGGGGCAACCAUCUACGCAGCCGGAGCCGAUACGACGGUAUCAUCAGUCCUUUCCUUCAUCCUCGCCAUGGCAUUGCAUCCCGACAUCGCUAAGAAGGCACAAGCUGAAAUUGACAGUGUCGUUGGGGACCGUCUUCCGCAGUUCUCUGACUCGCUUCCAUAUGUUGAUUGUAUCGUGUAUGAGCUCCUUCGGUGGCACCCCGUAACCCCGCUGGGCCUGGCGCGCACGGUGUCUGAAGAGGACGAGUAUCGGGGCUUCCGCAUCCCCAAGGGGACCACCCUCUUACCAAACGUCUGGGGUAUACUACACGACCCAAAUGUGUACCCAGAACCACUCUCGUUCAAGCCAGAGAGGUUUGCGGAUGCUAAGGGGAAUGCUGCUGCUCACAUUAACCCUGCCCCUGAUGCAGCUUUUGGCUUCGGUCGCAGAAUGUGCCCGGGUCGAUGGCUCGCAUUCCAGUCGAUCUGGAUUGCUGUAGCUUCAAUCCUCGUGGUCUACGAUAUUCUCCUACCGUUGGAUGAGCAAGGGAAAGAAAUCAAACUUCCGGAAGAAUACACGACAGGCCUGCUGAACCACCCUAAGCCAUUCUCCUGCAGGAUUCUCCCUCGCUCAAGCAAAGCAGUUAGCCUCGUCAGGCAGACGGCGGAUACCCGGGCAUAG